CUUUCAAACCGCAGACGGGAAAGAAGUCGCGGACCACAUCGGACGGUUUGACACUGAGACUCGUUUUUAUUCUUUAGACUGUUCGUCCUGGAUUUAAACUGUGCGGGUUUUACAGAAGGGACGAUAAAUAACCAGCUGGACACGAAGACGCAGAGCUAACAGCCAACAUGGCGGAUUCCGCUGCAGAUAGCCGCUAUGAGCGUCUGACAGCAGAGCAGAUGGAUGAACAGAGGAUCCAGAAUGUGGCCUAUCAGUACCUGUGCAGGUUGGAGGAGGCUAAAAGGUGGAUGGAGGCGUGUCUGGGGGAGGAGCUUCAGGCACCCACUGAGCUGGAGGAGGCGCUGAGGAACGGAGUCAUUCUCGCCAAACUGGGUCAUCGAUUCGCUCCUAAUGCCGUACCUCUGAAGAAGAUCUAUGACCCUGAGCAGCGCCGAUACCAGGCUGUGGGUCUUCAAUUCCGUCACACCGACAACAUCAACCACUGGAGGAACGCCAUGAUGACGUUAGGACUGCCAGCGAUCUUCCAUCCAGAAACUACCGACGUGUAUGACAAGAAGAACAUGCCCCGAGCUGUUUACUGCAUCCACGCACUCAGCCUGUAUCUCUACAGAAUGGGUUUGGCUCCACAGAUCCACAACCUCUAUGGGAAAGUCAAGUUUACUGAGGAGGAGAUCAACAACAUGAAGCUGGAGUUGGAUAAAUACGGGAUCCAGAUGCCGGCGUUCAGCAAGAUCGGAGGAAUCCUGGCCAAUGAGUUGUCAGUGGACGAGGCUGCAGUCCAUGCAGCGGUGAUAGCCAUUAAUGAGGCAGUGGACAGAGGGGAUGUUGUUGUGACAGCAGGUGCUCUGAGGAAUCCUAACGCCAUGCUGAGUGACCUGCAGGAGGCGCUGAUGCGCGUCUAUCAGGAGAUGCUGCAUCAGGCUAAAAGGAAGAAAGCUGAACGGGCAGCUGGCAGGCAGGGAGGUUUAGAGGAGAAAGACAUCUAUGAAGAGUAUCUGACUCAGAGAGAGAUCCAGGACAACAUCAACAUUGUCAAUGUUCGAUCAGCGGUGGAGCAAGUGGAUGAAGCUCUGGACUCUGCAGAUGAGCUCUCUCUGCUCUCUGCUCUGCAGCUGUCAUGUUUGGUCCUCAGGGGCCUCCGUACUGACAAUGGCCCCUGGUACUUGGACCAGCUGUCAGCAGACCGCCAGCAGAAGGCGCUGGAUGAGGGCUGUGUUGAUCCUCUGGAUCCUGACGAGCUGCAGGAAGGUGUGACCAUCGCCAAUCAGGAGGCUCAGAGAGCCAGGAACAUGCAUGCAGCGGUGCAGAGUGUUAAUGCAUCAUUGCAUGGCAGUGACCCCAGACGGACGGUCAGCUGUCUGAUGACCUCUGACCUCCAGUUGCCUGAAGUGUUUCCUUUUGCUGCUGCUCUGUAUCACAGAGAGCUGAAGCUGCUGCAGAGACAGACUGCACAGGGGGAGCUGCAGCAAGAGGAGCUGUUUGUUGCCGUGGAGAUGCUGUCAGCUGUCGCUCUCAUCAAUCAGGCCAUGGAGGUGGGAAACCUGCAGCAGUUCAGCUCCUCGUUGGUCAGUCCGACUGCAGGACUCUCUGACGUAGACCACACCCUGAUGGACAGGUACUUUGAGUGUCUGGUUGGUGUGAAGCAGCAGGUGGGCAGAGAUCUACUGACCUGGAAUCAGCUGCAGGAAGGAAUAAACUCUGUCAACAACUCAGUUCAGGACGAACACCAGCAGCUCCUGGGUGUGGGUCUGAUUAACAAGGCUGUGAUAAGAGAAGACUCUCAGCAGCUGCUGUCUGCUCUGCUGCUGCCCUCCUGUGGAGUGGAGGAGGUUCUACCUGCCAACAUCUGCAGAUACCUGACCCUGCUGACCAGAGCCAGGCAGCACAAAGCUCAGGUGAGCAGAGACCCGGGCGCUGAGCUGCGGUUGGCUGAUAUCCAGGAGGGAGUGAGGACCGCCAAUCAGCAGAGUCAGAAAGCUUUGAAAUUGUGUCUGUCAGUAGCAGCAGUGAACCAGGCUGUGAAGGAGAAACGAGUGAAUCAGACUCUUCGUGUUCUGACUCUACCUGAGGUGGAGCUGCAGGGACUCAUUUCUAACUGUGCAGCAGAUUAUCAGAGAGAACUCAGCGCUCUGAUCGCACACAAGAUACACAGAGGAGACAACAGGAGUCCAUGGGUUCAAGUCCGGCUGGAGGAUGGCUCUUUUUAUUACUUCCACCUGAACAAGCUAGAGGGAAGCUGGGAGAGACCGAACGGCUUCAUACAAAACAGUGUGUUCAUCGACAGACAGGAGAUACAGGAAGUCAUCUGCAGUGUGUCAGGUUCGUACAGUCGCAGCAUCCUCUGGAGGAGCAGCGACGCCCUCAUCGUUCGUCUGCAGGCUGUGAGUCGAGGGUUCCUGAUCAGACAGCAGCUGGAGGCUCGACGACGUUACCUGAUCAGUCAGACUCCCGCCGUCGUCAUCAUCCAGUCUCAUUGGAGGAGGUUUGUCCAACAGAGAACAUAUAGAGAGCGGCUGCAGUUUCUCUACAUCAACUGGAGAGCUGCGGUUAAGAUCCAGUCAUUUGUGAAAAUGUGGUUGGCGAGGAGAAAAUAUCGAGAUCGACUGAGGUUCUUCAGACGUAACGUGGGCUCUAUCAUAAAGAUCCAGGCCUUCUUCAGAGCAAACAGAGCCCGAGACCAGUACAGAAUGCUGGUGCACUCAGACGCGCCCCCACUAUCUGUGGUCAGGAAGUUCGUUCACCUGCUUGACCUGGGCGAUGGCGACAUCAGAGAGGAGGCGGAGCUUCUGCGUCUGAGGGAGGAGGUGGUGAGGAGCAUACGCUUUAACCGCCAGCUAGAGGCCGACCUGGACCUGAUGGACCUGAAGAUCGGCCUGCUGGUCCGAAACAGAGCCACGCUGCAGGAAGUAGUGUCUCAUUGUAAGAAACUGACAAAGAAGAACAAGGAGCAGCUAUCAGACAUGAUGGACGUGGAGAGAAGUAAAGGACUGAAGGCUCUGAGCCGAGAGAGGAGAGAGAGACUCGAGGCCUACCAACACCUGUUCUACCUACUGCAGACCCAGCCUCUGUACCUGGCUCAGCUGAUCUUCUUGAUGCCUCAGAGUCGCUCCACCUCCUUCAUGGAGAUGUUGGUGUUUAGUUUGUUUAACUACGGCUCCGACCGCAGGGAGGCCUUCCUGCUGCUGCAGCUUUUCACUGAGGCGCUAAAAUACGAGAUCAGACUGAAGGUGGAGCAGCCCCAGGAUGUGGUCACAGGUAACCCCACCGUCAUCAAGAUGUUAGUGAACUUUUACCGUCACGCUCGCGGUCACAAUGCCCUGCGGGAGGCCCUGGGUCCGGCUCUACAGGAAGUCCUGCUGGACCGAACCCUCAGCAUCAGGACCGACCCGGUGGACGUCUACAAGACCUGGAUCAACCAGACCGAGACCCAGACGGGACACAAGAGCUCUCUGCCCUACGAGGUUUCUGCUGAAGACGCUCUGUGUCACCCUGAAGUUCAGAGACGCAUUGACAUCGCCAUCAUCAACCUGAAAAACCUGACAGACCGAGUCCUCAAAGCCAUCACCUCCAACCUCCAUAAACUGCCAUACGGUUUACGUUACACAGCGAAGGUCCUAAGAGACGCCCUGAAGGCGAAGUUUCCUGAAGCCGGUGAGGAAGAGCUCUACAAGAUUGUAGGUAACCUGGUCUACUAUCGCUACAUGAACCCAGCCAUCGUGGCUCCGGAUGGUUUUGAUGUGGUGGACCGGUCAGCCGGCUCCACCCUGCAGCCGGAGCAGCGCCACAUCCUGGGCUCCAUCGCCCGCAUGCUGCAGCACGCCGCCGCCAACAAACACUUCCACGGAGACGGAUACCACCUCAGAACUCUGAACCAGUACAUCAGCCAGACUCACACCAGGUUCAGGAAGUUCCUGUUGUGUGUGUGUGACGUUCCUGAACCAGAGGACAGGUUCAGUAUGGACAAAUACUCAGAGCUGCUCAUCGUCAACAAACCUGUCAUCUACAUCUCUGUCAGCGAGCUGCUCAACACGCACAAGCUGCUGUUGGAGCAUCAGGAGGUUUUGUGUGCGGACUCUACUGACCCCCUCAGACUGCUGCUGAAGGACCUGGGAUCAGUUCCCACCCUGCAGGAACUCAUUGGAGAGUCUUCAUCAUCAUCAUCAUCAGCAGAUCCAGGAUCAGAGUCUGGUCUGUCUCAGAGCUGUAAGAUGGAGGUUUCUCUGACUCUCACAAACAAGUUCGACAUCUUCAACGAUUCAGACGACAAACCAGAUGCCAGAGGACUGCUGCUCAGCACAAAGCAGCUGAUCAUCGACGUCAUCAGGACUCAACCAGGUGACUCUCUGAGUGACAUUUUAAGAACAUCCACCUCACAUGACCAGGAAGUGUGCCAUGAUUGGCUGAUGCAGCAGCGGGCUCGGCAGGAUGCUCGAACACCUGAAAAGAUGAAGAGGAACCAGUCGUUGGUUGCCAACAGCAACCUGAGUCUGGAGGAGAAGAAGAGGAAGAUUCUGAGGAGUCUUCGUCGUCUGGAGGGACUCGGAGUCCUGAGAUCACCUCAGACCGAAAACCAGAUCCUACAGAUGAUCGCCAAGGAUAUCCGUCAGCAGCGUCUGCACCGUCAGCGUCGGGGGGCGGAGCUCUUGAAGCUCCGUCAGACUCUCAGCAGUCUGCAGGUAAAGAGCAGCUUCCACAGUGAACAGGUGGACUACUACAGACAUUACAUCACUUCCUGUCUGGACAACCUGACUGCCAACAGUAAAUCAACCACUAAGAAAGCAGCAGAGAGCAAAGGGAAGAAGAAGCUUCCUGCUCUGAGUUACAGUGCCACCCGUCUGCAGGAGAAAGGAGUUCUGUUAGCGAUUGAAGACCUGCCCCUGUCACAGUUUAAGAACGUGGUGUUUGACAUCGUUCCUGGACCUGAGAGAGGAAGCUUCAACGUUAAAACUCGAUUUCUCGGUGUCGAGAUGGAAGAGUUCCUGCUCAAAUACCAGGACCUGCUGCAGCUGCAGUAUGAGGGUGUGGCCGUGAUGAAGAUGUUCGAUAAAGCAAAGAUCAACGUCAACCUGCUGAUCUUCCUGCUUAACAAGAAGUUCUUCAAGAAAUGAACCGAGUGAUGCUCUUACCUUACACUCCUAUCUCUGUUUAUAUAUCUCAUUAUACUAUCAAUUUUUAUACGCCAUUAUAUAUUAGAGUGAGGCAUCUCUCUUUACACUCAUCUCUGUUUAUAAUCAAUCAAAUAAGCUGUAAAAUUUUUCAAUGAAUUUUAAUUUUUAACAAGAGUCCAAUAUGGAUAAAUAAUCAUGAGAAAACAUAAACUUUAAAAAGCAGAAUAUACAGAGCAGUAUAUCUCACUACACAGAGUGAAGCAUCUUCCCCACACUCCUAUCUUUGAAUCUCACUUUUAGCACAGUCUUGACCUACUUUAUAUAUUACUAGAAUUUUAACAGAGUGGGAUGUCUCUUCCACACUCCUGUCUGUUUUCACAUCUCACUACUUAAUUUCUAUAUCACACUAUUUAAAUAAAGUGACGCAUCUUCCUUCAGUUCUGUCUCUGCAACCAACUCAAAAAAUGUAGAUGAGUCCGUCAUAACUGUUUUUAUAUCUCACUCAAAUUUAAAUGGAGUGGGACAUCCUUUACACCCUAAUCUGUUUUAAUAUCUCACUGCAGUAUCUGUUUUUGUAUCCUACCAUAUCCAUAUCCUACUCUAAAAGUAUAGUCCUAGAAUUCAAACAGAGUGAGGCAUCUUUGUAAGUCCUACCUCCGGGGCUCCUGUCCUUCACUUCUGUUUUUAAAUCUCACAAAAAAUGUAAAGAGAGUGGGACGUCAUUGCUACUCAUAUCUGUUUUUCUGUCUGAAUGAUUACCACAUAAACAUGGACACAACAAGCAAAAUUCAUCAGAGACAUGAACACCAAUGAACUAAAAAUAACAACAGAAUAUUACAAUAAAACUUGAGUUUUACUUUGAAGGUCCUUUUAGGUCACUGAACUGAACAGUUGGAACAGAGUCCGAGUAUUGAUCAGAUGAAUUAUGACUCUUGUCAGGCUGGACAGAUUUCAUUGGUCACUGAAGUCUGUUGUCUUUAGUUGCCGUUCAAACUUCAAGUUUAAAUUCAUGUCAGAAAAAUAAAUUGGAAUCCAACCUGUGAAGUGAGUUGCAGCAGAGGUCACUGAGCUGUUCUGAUACUAAGACUAAGACUAAGACUAAUCAAGAAGUGUAAAUAUUUUCUGUCAGUUUGUUUAUUCUUUCUGUUUUCUUUCUUUUCUUUUUGUUCCUGACAAGCUUUUUAGUCUGUUUUUACUCCAAUAAAUAUCUGAAAGUC